AUAUUUGUUAUAAUAUAAAUGAAUAUCUCUUAGAUCCGUGUAUGAUAUUGAAAACUAUUCGAAAAUUUUGAUUUACGAAAAACCCGGUUAAUUUUUAUGUUGUGUAUACUUCGAGUGUACCUACCUCAUCAUUGAGUACACAUUCAUCACUGUAAUAAUUUAAUAAACGAGUUAAAUUUAAAUGCAAUGAUAAAUUAUUGCAUAUGAAAAUAAUAUUCUGAGGAGAAACACCAUUAUCAAAUGAUAAAUGAACACUCAUCAGCAUAUAUUUUUAAUGGUAUUUUAUCAUUUAUGUAUGUUGAGUAGCCGGGUAGGUAUACUUAUAAGUUAUAAUCAUUUUUUUCUUUUUUUGAUAUACUGUAAAGCGGUGUCAAUGGGAUCCGUAAACAUGUAGAAUAGAAAUUGCUUAAAAUUGAUCUAAAUAUUUUGAAAAUUUUGUCGUGUAUAGUCGUAUAGAAAAUAAUGAUAAGAAUAUAAAUAAUGCAAUGGUGAAAAGUUUCAUUUAAAAUAAUUAUUAAUAUUCAUAAAACUGCAACUCAAUAACUAAAAUAGUUAUAUGAAAAUUCAAACUGAAAAUAUCUGUAAAAAAUGUAUCUGCACAUUUGAAGAACAUUAGAGAAAUCUGAAUCAACUCCAACAGAAGUUCGUUCUAUUAAAUACGAUAUAAUUACUUUUUGAGAUAAUAAUGAGUGUUUACUAAAAAAAAAAUCACCCUGUAGGCUUAAUACGUUAUUAUAUUGCACACGCGAGUAUACUAGAUAUAAUAUAACCAAAUGCGUUGAUAUACACAAUAUAAAACACCUGUGUUCACAGAAAACGGACGGACGAAGUGUGGAAAAUAAAAUCGUAAUAUAAUCGAAUUUUGUAUCAUUAUUUGAUCGUAUUCACUAUAUAUUUUUCAUAUUUUUAAUCGUUUUUUAAGUGAUUUCGAUGUAUCAUAGGUAUUUAGUUUAACUCGUUUCAGCCAUUUCACUCUGCGUCUAGUGCGAUUCAAGUCUCAGAUAUUUUCACAAAAAUAUGAUGCUAACGUUUACCACAUUAAUUACGAUUUAUUUUUCACCUUAAUACAUUCACUUCAUACCUACCAUAUCAUUAUAAACUGUUUUUGUCAUCAGCCGGUAUCUGACAUUUGCGAUAGCCGAAAUAAAUACGACGCCGUUGACCCUUUUAGAAGAACUGCAUCAGUGUUGAUCGAUAGUCAAUAACAUACCAACUGUAGCAUCAUGCAAGUCCGACACGUCAUUGGGUUGAUGCUGUUUCUGGCAGCGGUGCCGUUGCAAAUGUACCUGAUGAAGUAUAAUCAAAAUUUCAAAGACUUAACAUUAGAAAUCGUGAAGAAUUUACAGGAUGGCCUACUGCAGCUGUCCAACUUCGUUGCUGGAUACGUUUGGGUUGCGAAAAAUUACCUGCAUAGCACAUACGAGUAUUUAGGUUUAUCAGAAUCAUUGGAAGAUGAUUCAAUAGAAGACCAAGAAAUACCAGAAAACUCAAUUCGAAAUUUUAGACCACCUCAUUUAGAAUUCAGAAUUGGAAACGUAAUAUUGAUGCAUACUAUGAUCCCUGGUAUUGUUGUCGGAUGGAACAUUGAUAUAACAGAUCUUACCAAAGAACCAGAAUACUUGGUAUUGACAGAAUUUCAUGAAAAAAUGAUGAAAAUAGACCAAGACAAAAUUAUAAUUCAAUUAGAAAAUAUUAAGAUAAACCACAAGGACAUAAACAAAUAUUUUGAAAGUUUUGAUGGAGUUAAAUACAUACCAAAUAAAUUUUUAAAAAAGAUGUACCCAAAAGAUUAAGUUCACUAUCAAGCCAACUGUACAAAUAAAUUGGCAAUAAGUAAUAACAGUUAUCAGUAUAUUACCAAAAUGUAAGGAACUGGAUAUUAUGGAAAUUUGUAAAAAAAUAAAUAAAAUAAAAACAAAAUGAUUUCAUUUGCA